AGAGUACAUUCUAUCCCAGGACGCACCAAAUUGCAAUGGCGGCGAAUUCAAGUCACCACGAAUCUUUUUCCGAAUUACAUGAACUUUCUCGCGCCGUCUCUAAAACAAUACACGAAUUUUCAUUUGAUGACGGCCAUAUUAACGGAUUUGACAAAGGCUUUAAUGUGUCCUCCAAUUACAAGGCGGAGAAGUCUAAUUUGGAAAAACAGCUCCAGGACAUUGAGAAGGAAGUCACCAGCUUGGAGCAUGAGUUGGAAUGUCAACGAGCCACUGGGACACUUGAUACUGAAGAUGUGAAUAAGUUGAGGAGUUUAUUAGGGAAAGAUCCUGAAGAUGAGGAUUAUUAUGGCCCACACAAGGAGGAAAUUGGAGGAAUAACAAAAAAGCUUGAUUUGCUAGCCAAGGUCACUGGAAUCAGCUUCACGGGGUGCAGAUGUUCACUUACGAAAUUUGAAUCACGCAACACCGAGCGGAAAUAUAUCAUCGACGGUAAUACGUAUGGUCUCAACUUCCAGCUAGAAUUCAAUGUGAUUGAGAGACAGGUAGCAGAAACUCUGACGAAUGCCUACAUCACUGCCCUGACGAUUGCGGUCGAUGAAGUUGUCAUCGAUGAAUUGGAGUCGCUUAUAUGCAGAUGUGAAGACAAUAAUGCUGUCAAUCAGUUCCUGCGGACGUUUUCAAAUUUUGCAAACUGGUUCAGCCAGCGGCAGAAAGCAUUUCUGCACUUCAAGGACAAAUACCCUGAUAGGGUUGAUCUGACACAAGGCCAGUACGGGUCGGUGAUGCAGUUUUCAGAUCCAGAGAAUCGAGGCGUGAUAUGGACCGUUUCGUGGAAUAUGCUGAUUACAGUGACUGGCGAUGUUACCCCAGACAUAGAGCUGUUUGUAAAGGCCCCUGCACAAAUGAUCGACAUGGAUGAUGAUGCUGUCCUCAGACAGACACCAGAGAAAUUCUGCUCCCUGCUUCAACAUUUCGGGAUCGAACAAGCCAUUGACACGAUCAUUCGAAUCACAUCAUCGUAGCCCUGUUGGAAGGGGUUUCAAAAGUUAAACGCUCUUAUAGACGAUAUUCAGAGAACUUUGUUAUGGAAGUUUAGAGAACUUUGCAGACAUUCAUGCUUUAUAUUGAGAAGGAAUUUGUCAAAUUUCUUUGAUUUGUUCACCAAAAAUGGACUGAGAUUUUAUCUAAGUUAUGAACUAUUGUGACCUUAUUUUUAAAUUUCGGUCGACAUUUUGCAAGGUUUUGAUUGAUAUGAUAUUUAGUGAAUCUUGCGACAAAAUAAGGUUGAGUAGGUGAGGACUUUAUCUUGAUAAUGUCAAGAUGGGGGGGGGGGGUCAAUCAAUUUCGAUUUUGCUCGACAGUAUAGAUACAGACCUAACUUUUAGCUAUUAGACCUGUGUUCUAUUCGUGUGUCAGAUGUGCAAAUACAGCACAUCUGAUUGGUUGUUAAAUGGAUUUUGAUAGCCCUGAUUGGGUACCAGUUCUCUAGUUGGCCAAUCAAAAAUGUGUUUGAAACAAAUCCUGAUUGAUAUGAGGAAAGUUUAAGAAAAUUCUGGGAAUUAAUAUAAUUUUAAAACCUGCUGGGUGAAAAUCAGUUAGAGAAAAGAGAGUUAAAACAAAAAGAAAUUAAAUUUUUUAGUGUUAAUGAGGAAUGUAUUGAUUUACAGUUGAAAUUUACCGAGAGCUCCAAUUUUGAAGUUUGAAAUAAAUGUCAAUAGGACUGAUAUUUAA